AUGAAAGAUACUAAUACCAAGAAGUGGUGGGAUAACAUUAAAUUAUUGUCUGGUUUGUCGAAUCCAUCCACGUUGAAGAGCAUGAUAGUGAAUGGUGCAGUGCUGAAGGAUGCUGACCUUGUUGAAGCCAUUAACAAAUCUUUAGGGAGAGUUGCAGAUGACAUCCCACCACUGAAGUUUACUCCUAUCCCAGUAUCACAUAUCCCAGAUAAGUAUAUCAAUUCUCCUGAAGCCAUAGAGUGUUCUCUAUCUGGACUUCAAGAGCGCAAGUCGGUUGGCCCAGAUGGGAUCCCUAAUUGGUUAUUAAAGAACUUCGCAUCAGGUAUUAGCUGCCCUUGAGUUCCAUCUUUAACUCAUCUAUCAGUGAAGGCCACUGUCCAUCAUUAUGGAAAUGUGCAGAUGUCCCACCCUUGGGAAAGAUCCUGCAACCUCGGUUCAUUGGCAUAGAUCUCAGACCAAUAUCUUCGACUACCGUGUUGAGUAAAGUCCUGGAAGGAUUCAUGUUCAAUUGGUUGGCUUCUAUCAUAAUGCCAAACAUUGACCCUUUUCAGUUUGGCAGUGUAAAGAAGUCUUCCACCACUCACGCCCUUGUGCACCUUAUCCAUCAGUGGCUCUCGGCUAAGUAAACACCUAAUACUUUUGUACGAUCUUGCCUAAUAGAUUUCUCGAAGAAUCGAUCAUAAUAUGUUGAUGUACAAGCUACAAAUACUCAACGUACCCCCGGUGCUUUUAAAUUGGUGCGCAACCUUCUUACAAGACAGGCAACAAUGCGUUAAAUUGGGUGUUUUCAAAUCGAAGUGGAAGGGAAUCAAUGCCGGAGUACCUCAAGGGACUAAAUUGGGGCCAUUAUUUUUUCUUGUGAUGGUCAAUGAUUUGUCCACAGAGUUACCAAUGUUUAAGUACGUUGAUGACUCCACAGUUUCCGAAGUGUUGUCAACGAAGGAAAUGGAUUCAUUGACAAUACAACAGGAAAUCGACAACAUCAACCAAUGGUCAACUGAUGGACUGGAGCGAGUCG